AUAGGAUAAUGGGGUCAGUUGACAAUGCCGCAUUCAAGCGUAGAUCGUAAAUUGUGUACAGGUUCAGGGCAAGAUUUUCUGUCUAACCAUACACCUCUUCCCAACAAACCAGUCACUGAUCAAUAGGACACGAACUGGAUUUACCUGAGUGUUUCAUUGAGACACUGUCACUAGGAAUCUAACAUAACACGUGUACAUGUAGGUGACCGAUGCUGUAGCUGAAAUGACAACGCCGCCAGCCAAACAGCAUGGGGGAGUCUCUGAAUGGGCCAAACGACCAGCUGGCAUGAACGAUUCUCCCACUGGCGUCGACCCAAGCGAAUCUGAUGCACCAGAAGUGGAACCAUGGUACAAGAAACACGACGCCUGGAUUCAAGAACAUAUCAAACAGAGAAAAUGUUUUAUGUUUUCCAAGUUGUCUGACAACGUGUGUUUAUGCGGCCAUUACAAAGACGACCACACAGACAAGAAUGACAGCCCGAAAUGGAAGAAGGAAGUCAACACAAAAUCAACAUCGACUGAAAACUAUGGAACAAUCUAUGUUAAAACGGACUCGGGUCAAGACAUCAUGAACGAACCCGCUGACGAAGAAGACUCAGAGCAAGAGGAGCCAGAGAAGCCACACGCCGUGCAGUUUAUACGCACUGAUGAAGACAUUUCAAUGGAUUAUGUAAAAUAUCUGCUGUUCGAAAUAUGGCACCUCACCCGGCCAAAAUGGAUAUUUGCCUUGAUUGGCUCCAAACCCGAAACUACGGAUUUCAACAUGGAGUAUGAACUUGAAAGUGCUCUGGACACGUUACUGGGAGCAUCAGAUAUAUGGAUAAUCUCUGACGGGUUACAUAAUGGUGUCGCCGAAUUCAUCUCUGACCUAAGCGAAGACAACGAGCGUGUUACCUCUAUCGGAUGUAAUGCUUGGGGGAGUUUUGGAGACGUCUUGGGGGAGAUGCAGGUGGACGAGAAAGGUCACAGACACGUUGGUUAUUUGCUCAAAGAUGAUCUGGAUGACCAAACAGGGGUGCCACAGUUCGGGAAGACCACAAGCCAUUUCUUACUGGCAGAUAAUGGAACAAGGGAAGCCUACCUUUGUGAUCUCUCUAACGUAUCAUUUCAAGCACGACUAAUUGCUGAUCUUGCAGCAGGGAGUAACGAUUCCAGUGCGAUUCCUACAGUGGCAAUCCUCCAUGGUGGACACCUCAUACAUCUUGAAGGAGUCAGAAAUCUCAUGAAGGACAAUGUCCCAAUUGUCAUUCCCAAGAACUCAGGAGGAUUAGCGGAUGUGUUGUCAUCUGCCUAUGAAGAAUCCAAAGCAGUGUACAGCAGCAAAACAGAAAAUAGCAAGCAUGAAGGUCAAGGAACGGUGAUUGAUGAAAGAAUUAUGAAGAAAAUAAAAAAGGAUCUUGAUCGAACAUUCAAAUCGGAGUCGACAGACGAGCAAGUUCAAGAUAUCAUUCAGUGUCUUCAGAGACGGGAUCUCAUCACUGUCAUUGACCUUAACAAGGACAACGAUUUCCUUAGAGGAAUACUGUCUGCGGUUGUCAAAAGUAAAUCGGAUACAGAUCUGAUUGCCCUGGUUGACGAGUACUUGCCAUCCCCUGUCUUCAGUCGGAAUACUGAUGAAAGAUUCGCAAAAUAUGUAGAAGCGAAGAAAAGAUCGCCUGAUGACACGGAUGUUUCAGACCCAGAUGCCAUCAUUCAGGAGAUUCUUGCUGAAGCGUUAGUUCAUGAAAAGACAGAAUGCGUCGAGUUCAUUUUGGACUAUGGCCUUGUGGAUCUGGAGAACAUCAGUCUCAUCGACCAGUAUAUCGAGACACGUGGAGAUCUUCAAAAGAAUGUCGGCAGAAUAUUUAAGGAAACAAAGAUGGAGCUUGAGCAGAAACUCUUUCUUGAUUAUAUACUAAAGGAUUUUGAGAAAAAGGCAAUCUUCGGAAGACUACACGCACUUCUGGAAAAGCUUCGAGAGAUGUUGGAAGAGGCUAAAAAGAAGAGUAACAUCCACAUACUGAAGUGCCCCGAGGAUGAGAUGAAGAAGAUACUUGUGUCAACUGUCAAGGAGGGCAAGAACAGGGAAGACCUCCGGAAAAGAGUGACAAUGAUACUGAAAUAUUGCCAGGAAUCUGAUCAGAUCGACAUGCUGGAAGUGAACCCCGCGCACCUGGACUUGGAGAUGAAAUAUGCCGAUCCACCAGAAGGGACCAAAGAGUUUGAAACGGGAACAUCAGAGAAGAUUCUUUCAAAGAGUUCGGAAGAAGAUGGAGAUGGCGAGAAUAGUACAGAAACGAAAGCGUUCCAGGACGAUUUGGGAGUGUCCGACACUCGGAAAGAAAUCCUAGCAACAUUUUCUGAGAAGAUCGUACAAAGAUUUGUUCCACGUAGUUGUCUCAUGGGUGCUGGCAAUGACGCAUAUGAACAAGAAACUGAUGAGACCUUGAAGAUGCAGCAGGUGUAUCGCCAGUGGUUCUUGUGGGCAGUUCUAACCAACAGGAAUGACCUAGCUCGGGUCUUUUGGAAACGUGGGAAGGAUAUCGUAGUGUCCGCACUAGUUGGAGGAACCAUCUUGUCUACAGUUGCACAAAAGACUUUCAACAACAGAAAGAAAGCAAUGAGAGAAGAGAGCGCCAACCUGUACAAGGCACACACGAUUGGAUUAAUGGAUGCGUGUUAUAGAAAUGACAAAGAUAAAACUGUGGAGUUAGUGGAGAGAAACACUAAGAAGAACAUCUGGAAUAUAGAUUUCUUGGCCCUUGCCUUUGAGAAACAAAACCUCGGUGUCUUUCGGAGUGAAGGAAUGACAUACUACACCUUUUCAAAGUGGAUGGGAGAUAUUCCAAAGAAAACAUCGAACUGGAGAAUUGUGCUAUGUACAGUGAUGCCACUCUUGAUGUGGGUCCUCAUUGGAUCUAAUACAAAAACAGCUCCAAAACUGAACCAUCAGAAGCACGGAAUAGAGGACAAGGAUUCACAGAAACAACCAUGCUGUACAAGCUGCACAUCAGCCUGCAAGAGAUUUGGGAACUUUUAUUCAACGCCUGUUGUGAAGUACAUCUUGAGUCUGAUCAUCUACUGUGUUUUUCUGGGACUAUAUGCCCACCUGCUGCUUGUUGUUCUGACGUUUGAUGCGAAGUGGAACUGGGAAAUACCACUGUUAGUAUGGAUGGUGGCAUUUACAAUCGAGGAGAUCAUACAGAUCCUCCAAUUCGCAGUGGAAAGAAGAGAGAUGGCAAGAAAAAAGAAACGCCAAAGGAAGAAAACAUGCCUUGAAAGUUUAUCUUCCGGUCUCCAUUUGGUACGGAAAUAUGCAGGGAUCUAUUUCCAGGACAUAUGGAACAUACUGGACAGCUUGUGCAUCUUAGGAUUCAUCAUUGGAUAUACCCUGCGGUGGUUUGCAGACACAUACAGUUAUGGACGCGUGUUCCUCAGCAUCAACUUCAUGUGUUUCUUCUGGAGACUUCUUCAAGCAUGUACCCCCAGCAAAACAAUCGGACCAAUGAUUUACAUGGUCUUCAGAAUGGUAGCAGAUUUGGUUCCAUUUCUUGUCAUCAUAUUUGUGGCCAUUGGUUCCUAUGCUGUUGCUACUGAAGCCAUUCUCUACCCAAAUGCAUCCUGGUCGAUCGGUUUUGUUCUGGCUAUACCGAGAAAGGCAUUUUGGCAGAUAUUUGGAGAGUUGUUCUUUGAAGAGAUCGCAGGUGAAGGAUGCAUCCCUCCAAACUGCCCAACGGAGAUGGGAAAGCUCUUGGUUCCAUAUUUCACGGCUAUUUACCUACUCAUGACCAACAUCCUAUUGUUGAACAUUCUUAUUGCUUUAUUCAACAACAUUUAUGAAGAUGUGCGCCAGAAAGCUGAUGAAAUCUGGUCCUGGCAAAAAUGUCGACUUAUGGUGGAAUAUGAGAACAAACCGCCUUUUCCCCUACCCUUAACCAUCUUCUGGAGAAUUGGGAAUCUGUUCACACUUUGUGGAUCCUGCAAGAGACGUCAGAGAAAGAAGGUACCAGAUACCAAAGACGACAGCCCCACUCGUGAAGAACCAACUAACACACUUGAACUUCCUGUGGUGAACGGUAUAGACACUGACGAUGUUUCUUUCCAUGAAGAGCAAGAUGCUACUUCCAACGCUGACACAGAGGCUGGUGUGCCAACAUUACAAGCUGUUGCUGAAGAGGCAGUUCGCGAGAAUGCUAACCACGUGGUAAACGAUGAAGCAGAUGUGGACAUCGCUGAAGAUGACGAUUGGGAUAUUUCUAUUGACGAUGACGGAUUGUCGCUGUCGACGUUUAAUUUUGAUGACCUCGAUCUGGACUUAACAUCAAGUGAUGAUGACAACUUCUUCGAUGAAAGUGACCCAGAAGAUCCAUUAGAUGAAUUUGAAAGAACAAAUGCGGAAUUCUACAUCCAAACAGAGAAUAUCAAGAGUUAAUUCUCACUAUACACACUUCAUCAAACCCCUUUGUGAGACGACAUCCAUGUCUUUUAAAACAGCGGUCACUCUGUCUGGGGUAUUAAAGAUUAGAACACUCUAUACUUAUAAUACAGUGAACACUCUAUAGUACGGACACCAUCAAACCGGAUACUAAAACCUACGGGCGAUUACUUUCACGGUUACAUGUAAAUACAAGUGUUCGUUCAUCCGGAAAUGUGUAAAUUCUUUGUAAGUCUUAGAAAUGACACCAUCUAAGGAAUAUGUCACUAUAUCUAAGUUUGCAUCAAAAGUUUAGCCACUCAGGAAGUAAGAGAGAGAUAUAAUGUGAUGAUUCCUGGAGUCAGAGGCGGCUUCAGAAUGACAGGAGUCAUGUGAAUGUGUUUUGUGUGACUGUAUGUUGAACUCAUAGUUGUUCAUAUACAUUCAUCUUAUUGCGGUCCUUUUGGUUUGGUGUUUAUUGAGCAAAAGCUGCUUGAAUUACACAGUAUACAGUUCAGAUCAGUAGUCUGUUUCAGUAAACUGUUUUUACGUUUAUAAAGAAUGCGCAGUGUUCAGACUCACACCAUUAUCAGCAUACAUUCAUGUGUUUUUACGUUUAGGAAUUGUGUACAGUUAACUGGAUUUGUGCUCUCAAAGAGUAACAUUCAAUUCAAUUCAAUUUAAAAUGUUAGUUUCGGUUGCAAUAUGUCAUGCAUGGCGUUACAAUGAACAAAUAUUUACAUACUUGAUUCCAGACUUUGUGAUAAUACCUACCUUAAUAUUUACCCUACGAUUUUGUAUAAAAUGAUAUUAUCCAUAUUUUGCACGGAGUACCUUUGUAUUCAUGUGGGUUAUUUUGAUAUCAUUCUUUUGUCUGUAUUUAUUGUCGCUUUGGAACUUUUUAACAUAUUGCAUUGCAGUGUUAACCACUGAUUCACUAUCGUUAUCUGACGGCCGCACGUGCCAACAUGCACACCACAGCGCGUUCAUGUCUCGUGCCGACAUGCACACGACAGGGCGUUCAUGUCACGUGCCAACAUGCACACCACAGCGCGUUCAUGUCACGUGCCAACAUGCACAACACAGGGCUUUCGUGUCACAUGUUGCCGUGGUUGGUGAUUACUGUUACCAACACCCGUUAUUGAUACGGUUGUUGUUAUGUCUGUCUUGAUCCUGGCAUUACACAUUAGCCUUUGAAGAUGAAAUUAAUGAUUUCAGAUCAUACCAGAUGCACUAUUUACUUUUCAUAUAUACUUUUAUGAAAUAUAAUAAAAUGUUCCUCAAA